ACUCCUCCAAUUAUGUCUUUAUGCAGGCCAACUGCAGAUUUUUAGAACAAGUAAGUCAUGCGAAUUACAGGUUUUUAAACAUGGUACACUUGCCAAAAAAACUCCUGUCUGGAGAAAACUUGUACUAUUCCUUUAAGAGAAUGACCUGCCCACAUCCAGCGUCACAGGACAGGACCAGCUGAGUAAGUUGCUGUCAGUGGUAGGUUUGGUGGCUCCUCUGCUAUUCUGUCAAAACACUAAUAAAAGCAAUAAAAUAACAAUAAGAACCGACUGUUUGUGAUUUUUAAUGGAUUCCUACAAACGAUUUCGUGACGAGAAUUACAAGAACUGGCUGAAGACCGCAGAGAGUCUGUGCAUACUAAGGAGCCAUAUCCGGGAAUUUGUGGAAAACGAAACCGAAACCUACCACACAACACUGAAGAAACAGCUGAAGAAGGAAAUCUGUACAUCAAAAUGUACUUUAAAAACGUGGAAACGAGGACCAAAGUUUCGUUUUUGUGAUAAGUGUGAGCUGUGGAAAAAUGCAAUUUUGGAGAAUCAUAAUUCAAAGAAAAGUGAUAUCCAUUGGAACAACUCUGUGCCACACCUGUGGCAUCAAGACAAAUGGGAAGUGGCCAAGGUUUAUAUGAUACGUGGAGUACAAAAUCAUCACAGUUUUGAGGAGUUUGACCUUUCUUCUAUUUUGAACUUCAUGGAUCACUGCAAACACUUUGCACGCUUUAAAAAAGGCGAUAGCAUGACCAAGGUCAUCAGUGUAAGGAACAAGGUGAUGCAUUCCCCCGACUUCAGAUUUACCAGGAAUGAAAUGGCUGAUGGUAUACAGUUAGUUCUAAAACUGGCCCAGAUUCUGGAGAAUCAUGCACCAGGACUUAAGACUAUAUCAGAGGAGAUAGAGAAGUUCAGUAAGGUUUUGGAGAUGUAUACUGGUGAAGAUUCCCAGAGUGGAGAGGACAGCAAGGUGGACAAUGUAAAGUUGCUGGACAGAGAACAAGCAGCUCUGAAGGAGAAGCUUGAAUUCCUGACCAAGCGCUUUGAAGAAGACAACCCAACGGAGUUUAAAGAAGAGCUGCUGGGUCUGAAGACUUUUGUUGAUCAGAACAAAGAUCUUCUGGAGAAUCUGGGCCCUCAAAUAAGCCAGAUUAAUGUGUUACAAGAGAAGGUGGAUGAGCAUGAGCAGAAGAUCACCGACUUAAAAGACAGAGUGGACCAGCUGGAAAAGGACAUACCUGAACCAGUGUUCAGUGGUAAUCCACCAAAGUACAAGAAUCAUGUGUUUGAAGAAGCUCGAAAAAGGAAAAUGCCAGAGCCUGUUUUUGGAGAAGAACAAGAAGCUGAAGGUUACAGAGGUGUAGUGGAAGUGAAUAGCAAGAGUUUUAAAGGUAUAAAGGUGUGGAACAGUAAAAUAGAGGCUCACCAGGACGUUGCCAAGAUAGCACUGGACUUCAUGAAAUCCAACCCUGAGUGGACAGAAGAGUCUUCAUUAUCUGGAGACAACCCAGUGUUAAGGGUGAUCCACCAAAAUUCAAGAGUCUUUUGUUUGAAGAAGCUCGAAAAAGGAAAAUGCCAGACCCUGUUUUUAGAGAAGAACAAGAAGCUAAUGGUUUCAGAGGUGUCGUGGAGGUGAAUGGCAAGAGUUUUAAAAGUUCAGAAGUGUGGAAAACUAAAAAGGAAGCUCACCAGGACAUUGCCAAGAUAGCACUGGACUUCAUGAAUUCCAACCCUGAGGGGACAGAAGAGCCUUCAUUAUCUUCAUUAUCAAUGUUAAGUGGGGAUCCACCAAAAUACAAGAAUCAUUUGUUUGAAGAAGCUCGAAAAAGAAAAAUACCAGACCCUGUUUUUACAGAGGAACAAGAAGCUAAUGGUUUAGGAUUCAGAGGUGUUGUGGAGGUGAAUGGCAAGAGUUUUAAAGGUUCGGAGGUGUGGAAAACUAAAAAGGAGGCUCACCAGGACGUUGCCAAGAUAGCACUGGACUUCAUGAAAUCAAACCCUGCGGGAACAGAAGAGCCUUCAUUAUCUGGAGACACUCAGUCAACAACCUCCACUACAGU